UUCAAAUGAAUAAGAUAUUGUGCCAAUACUUGUAUAAAAUUUUCAGUCAAUAAUAAACUCAUGAAAUACCCAAGAAAUUUUACGCAAUAUUUUCAAGUUAAAAAUAUAUUAAAAAUUAAAACACAAAAUGGCCGCCAAAGCUCUUGGAUCUGCAACUGUGCGUGCUGUUAAAAGUCGUAGAAGUAUACCAACAAGAGCUGCAUUAGUUUUAACAAAUUCAGCUGUAAGUAGAAUAAAAAAUUUAUUAAAUGGCAAACCGGAAUAUGUAGGAUUAAAAAUUGGUGUGAAACAAAGAGGUUGUAAUGGUUUAUCAUAUACAUUAAAUUUUGCUGAAAAAAAGGAUAAAUUGGAUGAGGAAGUUGUCCAAGACGGUGUUCGUGUAUUUAUUGAUAGAAAAGCACAAUUAACAUUAUUAGGUACUGAAAUGGACUUUGUUGAAUCAAAAUUAAGUGCUGAGUUUGUGUUUAAUAAUCCAAAUAUUAAGGGGACUUGUGGAUGUGGAGAAUCAUUUAGUAUUUAA